AUCAUGCCAUGUAAUUGUCUAGUGUCGAACGUGAUGGUUACACUGUAGCCUAUGCUGAGUGGAUGCAGUUACGGAGUCCCUCACUCGCUCUCGCGGAUCGUAGAGGAAGUGGAGCGCGUGCAGGAGCCGAUCUGAACACAACACACGAGGACGCAGCGCCAGCGAGGACAGCACGCGCAAAGAGGUGCACCUGUAAUCCACACCGCUCACUCGCCGAUGUACUGAUAGUGUGAGAGCAUCCAGCAGAAGAAAGAAGACGUAUUAUAAACUACGCGCAUACCCAUGCUUGGGAUUUGGUUUUCUUGUUCUUCGCUCAUGCAAAAGGAAAUAUGCAGCGAAGCCUCACAUUGCUCUGCACCAGUUUCCUGGGAUUGUGCCUUGCGUCCAGUUUCCCAAGUAAUAUCAACAUAGGAGGGUUAUUCCCAACCGAAUCACAUGAAUAUGAGGUGUUUCGGUUUGCGCUCUCGCAUCACCAGGAAAUCCCUAAACUGGUUCCUCAAGUGGAUAUGGUCAAACUGGGGAAUAGCUUCUCCAUGACAUAUGCUUUCUGUUCACAGUUCGCCAAAGGAGUCUAUGCUAUCAUCGGUGUGUAUGACAGGAAGACCGUAAACAUGCUGAUGUCGUUCUGCGGCGCGCUGCACGUCUGCUUUGUGACGCCCAGUUUCCCCAUGGAAAACUCCAACCAGUUUGUCAUCCAGCUGAGACCCGAACUGCAAGACGCCUUGGUGGGUGUUAUUGAGUACUACAAGUGGACCACGUUCGUCUACAUGUACAGCUCAGACUCUGGACUGUCAGUUCUGCAGAAGGUUUUGGACACAGCAGCCGAGCGUAACUGGCUGGUGACCUCUGUGAAUGUGGAGACAAUGACAGAGGCAUCUUUCCUCAAAGUGUUCCAGGAUCUGGACAAAAGGAAGGAGGGCCAAAUCAUCAUCGACUGUGAACUGGAGAGACUCACCUCCAUAUUGAAAAAGAUUGUUGAGCAGGGCAAGAAUGUGAAGAGUUACCAUUACAUCCUAGCCAACCUGGGAUUUCUAGAUAUCGACCUGACAGAGUUCAAGAAAGGUGAGGCUAAUGUAACAGGAUUUCAGUUGGUGAAUUAUGCCAAUCCAAACGUCAGUAGGAUAGUGCAGCAAUGGAUGGACUUUGAUAACAAAGACGCUAAAAUUCCCAAGCGAGGAUUGAAGUACACUGGAGCGCUUACAUACGAUGGUGUCAAAGUGAUGUCCACAGCCUUCCAGAAUCUCCGCAGGCAGAGGAUAGACAUUUCUCGCCGUGGAAAUGCUGGUGAAUGUCUGGCCAACCCGCCGGCACCUUGGGGACAAGGCAUUGAUAUCCAGAGAGCACUUCAGCAGGUUCGAAUCGAAGGUUUAACCGGACACAUUCAGUUUAAUGAGAAAGGACGACGGACAAACUACACUGUCAGCGUGAUGGAACUCAGAUCAACAGGACCAAAGAAAGUGGGUUACUGGAACGAGGAUGAGAAAUUUGUGAGCACAGCAGCCUUCAUGCCCGGCAGUAAUGAUACUUACGGACUGCAGAACCGCACAUAUAUUGUUACCACUAUAUUGGAAUCACCUUAUGUUAUGCUAAAGAAGAACCACGAGCAGUUUAACGGAAAUGAAAAGUAUGAAGGUUACUGUGUGGAGCUGGCAGCAGAGAUCGCCAAGCACGUAGGAUACCAAUACAAACUCAAGAUAGUGGCUGAUGGAAAAUACGGAGCCAGGGAUCCUGACACCAAGAUGUGGAAUGGGAUGGUGGGAGAGCUUGUCUAUGGUAAAGCUGAUGUAGCUGUGGCUCCCCUUACCAUUACCCUGGUACGAGAGGAAGUCAUCGACUUCUCCAAACCAUUCAUGAGUCUGGGCAUCUCCAUUAUGAUCAAGAAGCCCACCAAGUCCAAGCCUGGUGUAUUUUCCUUCCUGGACCCUCUGGCCUAUGAAAUCUGGAUGUGUAUUGUGUUUGCCUACAUCGGCGUGAGCGUGGUGCUCUUCCUGGUCAGCCGCUUUAGUCCAUACGAGUGGCACGCGGAGGACUAUGAGGAAAGUGCUGAGCAGAACCCUAACCAGCCAUCGUCAUCGUCUGCCCAACCUGGUCAGAGUCAACAGAACCAGAACCAGCAGAGUCAGGAGCAGACCAAUGAGUUUGGCAUCUUUAAUAGUCUGUGGUUCUCAUUGGGAGCGUUCAUGCAGCAGGGCUGUGAUAUCUCCCCCAGGUCUCUCUCCGGCCGUAUCGUGGGUGGCGUGUGGUGGUUCUUCACCUUAAUCAUCAUCUCCUCAUACACUGCCAAUCUAGCAGCUUUUCUGACAGUAGAAAGAAUGGUGUCACCCAUUGAGAGUGCAGAGGAUCUGGCGAAACAGACUGAGAUUGCUUAUGGUACUCUAGACGCUGGUUCCACCAAAGAGUUUUUCAGGAGGUCAAAGAUUGCCGUGUUUGAGAAGAUGUGGUCCUACAUGAAGUCAGCAGACCCCUCAGUAUUUGUGAAAACCACAGAUGAGGGAGUGAUCCGAGUGAGGAAGUCCAAGGGCAAGUACGCCUACCUGCUGGAGUCAACCAUGAACGAGUACAUCGAGCAGCGCAAACCCUGCGACACCAUGAAGGUCGGAGGGAACUUGGACUCCAAGGGCUACGGCAUCGCCACCCCCAAAGGAUCUCCGCUUAGAAUCCCAGUUAACCUAGCGGUGUUGAAGCUCAAUGAGCAAGCCGUCUUAGACAAACUGAAAAACAAAUGGUGGUACGAUAAGGGGGAGUGUGGAAGCAAGGACUCCGGAAGAAAGGACAAGACCAGUGCUCUUAGCCUCAGCAAUGUGGCUGGGGUCUUCUACAUUCUGAUCGGUGGUCUGGGUCUGGCCAUGCUGGUGGCGCUGGUGGAGUUUUGCUACAAGUCGAGAACAGAGUCCCGCAGAAUGAAGCAAUCCAUCAACGACGCCAUGCGCUGCUCCACCCUGACCCGGAUGAGCGGGAACGGCAGCGGGGGGGAGAACGGGCGGAUCGUCACACAUGACUUCCCCAAAGCUGUGCAGACGCUGCCGUGCAUGAGCCACGCGGCCAGCAUGGGCCUGGGAGCCUCUGGCAUGUGACCGGCUCGACAGAGCGCCACGCGUCACAUGUAACGCAUGGACCUCCCGUUCACCUGCCGUCUGCCCUCAUGUCUGUCUGCCCGCAACAGACGCACAGUACUGCCAAAAUGCACUCUGUAAGACUUCGUAGUGGACAGCCACCAAUAAAACUCUUUUUUUUUAAAAAAACAAAACAUUAAAAAAGGGAAAAAGAUGUGCUGCAAUAACAAGCCCAUGGGACUUUUUUGGGAAAAAGAUGUUUGUGUCAUAAAUUUAAAAAAAGACAAAAUGACAAGUCUUGUGUCUGAUUUGACACUCGCUUGCGCCGUGCCAAUAUUAUAAACCUGUUUACUUCUG